AUGGAGGGGCCGGGCGCGGCGGCGGCGGCGGCGGCGGCGGGCGCGGGCCCCGGGCCCUGCAACGUGCCCGCGUUCCUGACCAAGCUGUGGAUGCUGGUGGAGGACCCCGAGACGGACGCGCUGAUCUGCUGGAGCCCGUCCCCAAAAUUCCCAUUUCAUUCCCAAUUUUCCAUGUUUGACCAGGGCCGGUUCUCCCAACCCAUUUUAUUCCCAUUUUUUCCCCAUAAUUCCCGUUUUUUCCCGUUUUUCCCAUUUUUGCCGUUUUUUGCCCCAUUUCCAGACGGAUUCCGGAAGGUUCUGCACCUGGAGCAGGGCGGGCUGGUGAAGCCGGAGAAGGACGACACCGAGUUCCAGCACCCGUUCUUCCUGCGCGGCCAGGAGCGGCUCCUGGAGAACAUCAAACGCAAAGUCACCAGCGUGUCGUCGCUGAAGCCGGAGGAGGCGCGGCUGCGGCAGGACAGCGUGGCGCGGCUGCUGGCCGACAUGCACGCCAUGCGCGGCAGGCAGGACAGCCUCGACUCACGGCUGCUCACCAUGAAACGGGAGAACGAGGCCCUGUGGCGGGAGGUGGCCGCCCUGCGCCAGAAGCACGCGCAGCAGCAGAAGGUCGUCAACAAGCUGAUCCAGUUCCUGAUCUCGCUGGUGCAAUCCAACCGGAUCCUGGGCGUCAAGAGGAAAAUCCCGCUGCUGCUGAACGACGCCGGCUCCGCGCAUUCCGUGCCCAAGUUCGGCCGCGCCUUCCCCCUGGAGCACCGCGGGAAUUCCCCCUACGGAGCUCCGGGCCCGGCGCUGCUCCCGGCCGAUCCCGGCCCCGCCCGCCGCAUCGAUGACGUCACCGAUGACGUCAUCACCGACGUCACCAAUGACGUCGCCGCCCGUGACGUCACCAAUGACGUCAUCGCCGAGCUGCCCCCGGCCGGCCCCGCCCCCUCCCCCGGACACAGCCCGCCCAUCCAGAUCAAGGAGGAGCCUCCCAGCCCCGCCCCCAGCCCGCGGGGGGAGGAGCCCCGGAACCCCGGGAACCCCGGGAAUUCUGGGAAUCCCGGGAAUUCUGGGAAUCCCGGGAAUUCCGGGACCCCCGGGAACCCCGGGGGCGCGGAGACGCCGCUGUCGCCCUGCACCUUCAUCGACUCCAUCCUGCGGGAAAACGACUCCGGAGCCGCGCCCGGGAACGGCCCCGAGAAAUUCCCGGAAAAAUGCCGGAGCCUCGCCUGCCUCGACAGGUCGGAGCUGAGCGAGCACCUGGACUCGGUGGAUUCCAGCCUGGAGAAGCUGCAGGCGCUGCUCGGCUCCCACGGCUUCAGCAUGGACAGCGCCCUGCUCGACCUCUUCAGCCCGGCCGUGGCCGUGCCGGAGGUGGCGCUGCCGGACCUGGACAGCGGCCUGGCCAGCAUCCAGGAUCUCCUCUCCAACCAGGAGCAGCAGAAACCCGCCGAGGCCGAGCCCGGCGCCGGCGACUCCGGGAAGCAGCUGGUGCCCUGCACGCUGCAGCCGCUGUUCCCG